UUCUCGAAUGAAUGUUACUCUUCAUCUUUGAUGGAGAUGGGAGUAGGUUUUGAGGGAAAAGAUGCCUCCUUUUUCUGCCCCUCAUCUACUCUGCCAUUGCUGUGGAUGGACUAGAGAAAAAAUCAUCCCUUUUAUGUUAAAUAAUGCCUGUUUCAUAUGGUUCUGGUUAAAUAUGGUAGGGUUUGGUUGUGGUUGUGCUAAAAAGAUGUAAAAGAUACCCACUAUUAACAUAUCAGUCUGUAGAGGUGUGCUUUUCAAAAGGUAAAGGUUUAUUAUUGGUUUUCUUUCAUAAUCUUUUUUUUUUAUCGUGGAUAUAUGCUACUUUUUUGUUGGGGGAUUUUCUCCACUUUUCUAGCCCAAGAGAUUGUUCCCAUAGUUCUUUAUCUGGAUGGAAACUGCUGCUUAAAAUUUUAAGGUUAGAGAGUUUUAAGGCUAUUCAUAACACGGAUUACGGAUUUGGACGGGAAGAGAGUAAAACAUGUACUAAAUAAAGCAUAAGAAAUCGAAUGGUUUUCAUUCUUCUUCCUCCCUUUUGCUGUUCCAGUUUCCCCUCUUCUUCUUCCUCUUCUUCUUCUUCUAGUGGUGUUGGCGGUGGUUAUGGUGUUAUUUUUUGUCUUCUAGAUAAAAGAGACAAGAAUUAGACAAUGGAGGUAACUGAAUGUACAAAGAUUCUACUUAAUCGAAUCCAAGAUCUCGAGCCGGAGAGUGCCACCAAGAUCAUUGGCUACCUUCUUUUGAAGCAUACACAUCAAGAAAUGAUGGAGUAUGCCUUUGGACCUGAUAAAAUGAUUCUUUCUCUGAUUAAUGAAGCCAAAGCUUAUCUCUCUUCAUCUCCGAAACCCAACACUUUGAGUUCUAUGCAGCUCCUUCCUGAUCAGCCACCCCGAUGUAUGUCCCCUCCUCCCACUUGUCCUCGAUCGUUCUCAUCUCCUUCAAGCUUUCGUGUCCCAGCUCCAUGUUGGGAGCCUCAUCAAUCAGCUGAACAGCAAACAUCUGUUCACAAUUUUGACCUUCUUCCUCCUUCAUAUGUUGAUUUUAUUGGAGGUCCCCAUCAUCAAGGCGAGUUUAUUGGUUUUGAGGAACAGUUACAUCCUGUGAACCUCUUGGGGUCUGAUUUAGCUGGCAAUUACUACUACCCGGAGGUGGCAUUGGGUGGAGAUUUGGGUUUAAGGACUAGCUUGAGAUUACCUCCUGGUUUACAAGAAUUUCCUAUCAAAGCCUGCCAUUAUUUUAACAAGGGUUAUUGUAAGCAUGGUAUUAAUUGUAGGUUCUCCCAUGGUCAGAUCAUCCCUGAUGGAUUAUCCUAUAACUAUAUUCCAAAUUUUAAUGAGUUGGGUAAUGAAGACCAAGCUUUUCUGCCUGGGUCACUGGAGAGGUUGGAAAUCGAGAUCAUAGAGCUUUUGAGAUCAAGGAGAGGGAUGCCGGUUUCUAUAGCCUCAUUGCCCAUGCUGUAUCUUGAGAAGUAUGGGAAGGUGCUUCAGGCUGAGGGUUACCUUACUGAGAGCCAGCGUCAUGGGAAGGCUGGUUUCAGCUUGACAAAGUUGCUUGCCCGACUAAAAAGCAUUCGGCUUAUAGAUAGACCACAUGGGCAGCAUGCGGUGGUACUAGCGGAAGAAGCUCCAAAGUACAUGGAGUACAGGAAUGAGAGAAGUGAUCAGGGAGCAUCACUUGGCAGCUCUCAUCAAAUUUAUCUUACUUUCCCAGCUGAAAGCAAAUUCACAGAGGAAGAUGUUGUCAACUACUUCAGGCAGUAUGGUCCUGUCCGUGAUGUGAGAAUUCCGCGACAAGAGAAACGAAUGUUUGGGUUUGUCAGCUUCCACUAUCCAGAAACUGUAAAACUUAUUUUAGCAAAGGGAAGUCCUCAUUAUAUUGGUGGCUUCCGUGUUUUGGUUAAGCCCUACAAGGAAAAACCAAAGCUCGCUGACAGUGCCAAGAUUAUGUGAUGGUUAUGGACCUUCAAAAAAACAACUAAUUGAAGAACAUGAAUAUGCAAUUGAACUUGAGAGAAGACGCCUCCUUGAGCUGCAGCUAACCACUAAGCAACUAAUGCCACAGCCGGACACUGGUAAUAGGAUUGAUGAACUAAACGUUCCAGAAGUUCAUGUCAGUAAUAUGCCGGUUGUUCUAAACAGUGGUUCUACAAGUGAUGGCGCAGCUACACAGACGAGCGACAACUACAGUGAGCAAGAUAGGGAGGUACCACUGGUCAAUGAUAUUUACAAGCUGUGGCCAUAUCGAACUUCCAGACAGUCCUUUCUCAUCACCUUGGGUAGGAAGCAGCAUUUCCACAGCUAUAUAGAGAAAGAACAGAAGAGGACAGUUAGAGGCAGAAUACUGUGUACCAGACUGCUACAAAUCAGUACAGAAAUUUUCCUUUUUCUUCAAUUCCCUUGACCAGUGACAGGCUCUUGAACAAGUUCUAUAUACCCAUCAGUCGCAGCAGUAGAAGCUUCCUCCACUUGAUGCUUGUGAAGAAGGCGCCAAAGAUAAUACAAAAUAUACAGGAAAAGUCGUAUACUCGUCACUGUAAAUCACAGGAGCAAAGGCUUGAUACUUAGAAGAUAUGUAAUCUAGUGAAUCAGUGAGCAUAAAUAGUUCAGGGAUCAGACUGAAGUUGUUGAAUCACUUCUUCUACAUAUAGGAGAUAAAUUACAUCAAAGAAGUAGAAUAUCGCAAUAUAGUUCUAUCUGUAAGCAAAGAUAGUUUCAUAUUUUGUUAAAUAAAUCAAAUAUUGAGUUAAGGUUGGAUUUUGUUCAUGG